UAUGAAUAAUUGAUUUUAGAAAACGAUAUUAUUAUUUUGGUUACUCGGCAGUMUGUGCAAUAUAUUGGCAAUGUUUGGAUUAUAUCCGAACAGAAUAUCAGGUUUAACUGCUGCUGUUUAUACUGCUCUUAACCGAACAGUAUGGUCAAUUGGUAUUUCAUGGAUAAUUAUAGCAUGUUCUACARAUAAUGGAGGUAUAGUUAAAAGUAUUCUAUGCUGGAAAUGUUGGAUUCCGUUGAGCAGAUURAGCUACUCAGCAUAUCUUUUAAAUCCAUUUCUUAUACUUUCUUUUAACUUUUUAAGUAAAAGUACCGUVCAUUUUGAUAAUCUAGCAAACGCAAUUACUGGUUUAGGAWUCGUUAUAGUAACAUACAUAUGUUCUUACAUCGUUUCAUUGAUGUUUGAAAUGCCGUACGUUUUCUUGUUGAGGGAGUGGAGUAAUUAUUCGAACAAGAGAAAAUGAUUCGUUUUUUUCACUUUUUCGUUAGUAUUUUCACAUCGCAAGAUCAGGAGAAAAUUACAAUCAUUAGUGUAAUACGUAGCUUAUUUUAAUCCAUUCUUUAUAUUUUAGUUAGUAAGUUUGUUGUAUUAGUUGAUAAGUUUAUGUUAGCUACCAAGUGUAUGUUCAGUUUUCGAUGCCAUGUUUUCAUUUUUAUUGCUUGAAUUUAGAAAAGUGUAGUUUUUAUCAUCUAUUCCACCUACUGAUCAUACAGAUGCUCUUUGUUAUAUAUGGUAGCAAUAUUAUAAUAAAUAAAUCCUACAAUUA